UGAAACGGAAGCUGCUGCAAGGCACUUCCUUAUUUUUGCUUUUCCUAAAUAGGACAUAUUUUGGGUGUCGACAAUCAUGGCAGCAAAAGCAAAGAAGUUUAUAGAGGAGUGUAAAGAUACCAAAAACAAUGAAUUGGAAAUUGUUGAUAAGGGUAUCAGUACCUUGGAAAUUCCAGGAUUGUAUGAUUUAAAGCAUUUAACCAGACUUACAAUGCCACACAAUAAGAUAACAGUGGUACCUGAUGUAAUAUCUGAACUAGUGAACUUGGAGCAUUUGAAUCUCUUCAAUAACCACAUCAAGGAAUUAUCUACAUCUAUCAGCUCUUUAAUGAAGUUAAAAUUACUGAAUUUAGGAAUGAACAAACUAUCAGUAUUACCAAGGGGUUUUGGUGCAUUUCCUGUGUUAGAAGUUUUAGACAUAACUUACAAUAACCUGAAUGAGAAGUCUUUGCCAGGAAAUUUCUUUUGCCUUAAUACUUUGAGAGCUCUUUACAUGGGGGAUAAUGACUUUGAAAACAUGCCAGAAGAAAUUGGAAAAUUGAAGAACAUUCAAAUUAUGGUUUUAAGGGAUAAUGAUCUGACAUCUCUACCAAAAGAGAUUGGUGAGAUGCCAAGAUUGAGAGAGUUACAUGUCCAAGGAAAUAGACUCACAGUAUUGCCACCUGAAAUUGGCCAUUUAGAUCUUGUUGGAUCAAAGCAGGUAUUCCGAGGAGAAAAUAACCCGUGGGUAACACCAAUAGCUGAGCAGUACCAGCUAGGUGUGUCACAUGUGUUUGAUUACAUCCGAUCUGAUACAUACAGAUAUUUGUAUGGACGACACAUAGCAGCUGAUGCAGCACCUCCACCAAAGACAGCUGAUAAAUCAAAGAAAAUUAGUCGAUCAACAUAGAUAAACACAGAACUAUCACCUAAAUACUCACACUGCCAUAUUCAUUUAGUCAUUCUAAGAUUUUGAUAUGGUGAACAGUUAAAGACAUAAUAUUACCAUGAUAACAUUGUGUUUAAAUAUCAAUCUGCGGCAUUAAUCUUAAAGUUUUGAACACAUGCUUUUAAACACCUUGGUAAUAUUACUAACAACUCUAUGAAAAAGACAUGUAGUUGACAAAAUUUCAUAUUUCCUAUGCAGGGCUAUGUAAUUUAUUUAUUAUAUUGAUAAAUUACUUGGCCACUGUAUAUAUAAUCUUUAUAUGGAAUGUGUUAGAACCUUAAUUUGAUUGUAUUUAUAGGAGGCAGUCAAAAAUAAAAUAUCUGAAUUCAUGAUAUGUUGCAGAAAACAAUCUAUAGAGACAACAUCAUUUGAAGAUAAGCAUUAGAAAAAGAUCAGGUGCUAUAAUGCCCAAAUAUAAAACCAUCCUCAAUAAGCCACAAAGAUACAUUUGUUUUGGAAAAGUGUAAUAAAAAUACAGCUGUUAAUCAUAAUGUUGCUCCGGGUUUCACAAUUUAUUCAAGUGUGAAGGUCUUUUAUAAGAGAUAUUUUUAAAAUGUUGGCCAGUUUUUGGGCCAAGGAUUAACUUUAUGAAAUGUUUUUUAACCAAAUUUACAAAGGAUCAAGAUCCUUAAAUAAAAUCUUGUAUUAUUCAUAUUAUAUGGUGCUAUUUCUUAGUUUAUGUUUAUUGUUGUUUUGUAUACUGUUGCUAAAUACAUAUUAGAAAUGAGCUUUUAGCAAUUUUUUGUCUCGCCUUGACGGAGUCAAAAAGCAAGACAUAGGUAUGCUGUUUUCGGCGUCAACAAUGUAUUAGUUUGUGAUUAGCUCAGUUUUAUGGAGAACCACUAGUGGUAUGUCAAUGAUAAUUGGUAUGCAGAUGUAUUACCAUUGCCACAUCUCAUUGCCAUGGAGAUUAUUUGGCUCCGCCCCCUCAGUCAUGGUCUAUUGACUUUGAAUGGUUUGCUUACUUUACAUGUAUUAGUUUGUGAUUAGGUCAGUUUAUGGAGAUCCACUUGUGGUAUGUCAAUGAUAAUUGGUAUGCAGAUGUAUUACCAUUGCCACAUCUCAUUGCCAUGGAGAUUUUUUGGCUCCACCCCUAAUUCAUGGUCUAUUGACUUUGAAUGGUUUGCUUACUUUACAUGUAUUAGUUUGUGAUUAGCUCAGUUUAUGGAGAUCCACUUGUGGUACAUCAAUGAUAAUUGGUAUGCAGAUGUAUUAGCAUUGUCACAUCUCAUUGCCAUGGAGAUUAUUUGGCUCCGCCCCUCAGUCAUGGUCUAUUGACUUUGAUUGGUUUGCUUACAUUACAUGUAUUAGUUUGUGAAUAGGUCAACUUUUGGGGAUCCACUUGUGGUAGGUCAUUGAUAUUUGGUUUGCAAUUUUAUUAGCAUUAAUUGGCACAAUUCAUUGCCAAGAUUACAAAAAGGCGAGACAUAUCUCUGUGAUAACAGUUUAUUUUAUAUUAUUGUAUGAAAUGAUUAUAUAUAGCAGCAUCAAAUACAGCUAUAUAACUUUUGCUUUUUGAUUCUCUUAAGAUAAAAGUUAAAAAAAAGAGAUAUAGUAAGACAAGUAUACAUGUAUGUCAUAAACUUUUAUUAAAAAUAAAGGAAACCAUGUAAAAAAAAAUAUUUGCAUGUGCCAAAAACAAGCUUUAUUGACCCAUCUACUUUAAAUGCAGAAUAUAUGAUGUUUUCUUUUUUUGUUUGAUAGCAUAUAAUUUUCCUUCAACUCACUCGUCCUUUACAGGUUUAUAAGAAUAUUACUACUUUUAUAUUUGAUAUUCAUGGUGUCAGGUCAAAAGUCAAUUUCACCUAAUAUGUGUAGUGAUAUUGAAGUAAGUCAUUUGGAUGAUUUUAUAGUGUGAGAUAUUUCACUUUGCAUCAAACAUUUUUCUGUUAUAGCAAGUAAAUGAAUAGUUAUUGCCAAUGUUGAUCUACAGAUGGCAACCACGAAGAAAUAUGGACGGCAGAGUAAAAGCAUUUUUAAUUAGAAUGAAUAUAGGUUGCUUUUUAUAUGCAGAUGCUAAAAGCUUAUGAAUAGAUUUAUUUUUACUAUAUUUGUACACAAAUUAACUGUAAAUCUAUUAAAUAGGAGGAUCCUUAGAGAGAUUUGAAGUGGGCAACUCACUUGUUAUAAAAAGACAGUGUAAUUUUUAUAUACUCGGCCAUUGCAAUAUUUUCAAAUUUCUUAUAGGCAUAUUAUUUGAACUCUAACCAGAAAAUUUAUGUGUGUGUCCAUAGAGACAGUAUUGUAGAUAUUGUCCUGACAGUCCUGUAACUAUCACUUUCAUUCAGCUCUCAGAUAAAUGUUCUAAGUCAUAAAACUUAGCGAUGUUGUUUUGUCAUUGUUUUUAAAUUCUUUGUUCGCUAAUUUUACUGAUAGGAAUUGUACUGUAAGUGUAUGCAUGAAUAUAUUAUAAAUAGAAAAUAUUGUUACAAAAUUAUUUAAUGCUUGUAUGUAUUUUGAUAUGAUUAAUAAAAUGUGAUAUAUUUAAAA